AUGGACACAUAUUUCAAAUUGGCUUGUUUGGAUUUUGCUUUGGAGGUCUUCAAAAAGUGGAAAUUCAUUGGGGAAUUCAAGGUUGUGAAUGCACACUAUCAAUUUAGUGGGAAUAUUAUUAUAGUUCCUCCAUACAUCCACAGAGAAGGUGUGUCCAAUAUAGAGAGGAGGUUGAUCAUAAGGAAACUUGCAAAGGAAACUAUGAGGAAGGGAAAGACAACUUUUUCAUUGUAUUCAUCAAUUUGGAUCAUACAAUGGGAUCCAGAGGAGUUCAAUAUUCCUAUGCUAGUUAUUACUCAUGAAUGCGGCUGGAAAGGUUUUCCAUUAUUAUACAGUUUGCUGGAUUUUGUGUAUAAUAGAGGGAAGCUUUGUGAACUUCUAUCUGAUGAUAGAAAUCACAAGUUAGAGAUGGGUCUUCAACUUCAGCUCUGUGAACAGGCUAGUUCCAAAUGGGUUCUUAAGAAAACUACCGUCUCUUCCAACAGUAGGAAAGAAAGUCGUACUGCUAAUGAAUUGCGAAAUUUCUGGUUCGCAUCAAACGCGGUGGAUACUCUUCGAGUCCUAGCUUGCAUACACAGUCCAACCAACAUUCCCUCUAUCAUCAACCUCAUUGAAUCAACACGUAGCAUAAAAAGUUCACUCCUCAAACUCUUCAUCAUGCACCUUGUUGAGCUCACAGAACGUUCAUCCUCCAUUGUCAUGGUUCAACGCGCUCGAAAAAACGGAUUCCCAUUCUUCAAACGAUUCAACCGUGAAGAAUGGUAUAACUGUAUUGCGGAGGCUUUUCAGGCAUAUAGUCCAUUGGGCCGAGUCAUUGUCCAAUCCACUACAGGAAUCUCUUCUAUUUCCACAAUGCACGAGGAUAUAUGCCACGUGGCGGUGGAAAAGAGAGUUACAUUGAUUAUAUUACCCUUCCACAAAUAUUGGAAAAUGGAAGUAGAUGAUGAAAAUGAAAAUGAAAAUGAGGCUCAUCUGGUGAUGGAAAAUGUUGGACCUGCUUGGAGAGGUGUGAACCAAAAGGUACUUAAAAAUGCACCUUGCUCUGUGGGUGUGCUUGUGGAUAGAGGAUAUGGGCUUGGACUGAAGAAUUUGGGCUCAGAUGGUACUGUGGCCCAAAGAAUAUGCAUUGUGUUUUUUGGUGGGCCUGAUGAUCGUGAGGUUCUAGAGUUGGGGAAGAAAAUGGCUGAACACCCUGCAGUGGCAAUGACUGUUGUAAGGUUUGUUGAGGAAAAUGGAUUGAGCGGUAAUAACUUUGUUUUACGCCAAUCACCUGAAAAAAGUGCUGAUGAAAACUAUAGCUUCUUUGUUGCCAAAAUGAACCGUCAAAAAGAACAGGAGUUGGAUGAAAACUCAAUGACGAUGUUUCGAAGCAAGUGUGGUGACACGGUGAAGUACAUUGAAAAGGGUAGUGGCAACGUUGUGGAGGAGGUGAUAGGGUUAGGUAAAAGUGCGGAUUACGAUCUCAUAGUUGUUGGGAAGGGUCGGUUUCCGUCCACUAUGGUGGCGGAACUAGCAGAGAGGGAAGCAGAGCAUGCAGAGUUAGGUCCCACAGGAGACAUUCUAACAUCCUCAAAAGGACACAAAAUGGUGUCAUCAGUGCUUGUUAUUCAACAACAUGAUGUAGCAUUGACAGAAGAUGCACCAAUGUACAAAUUUAAGGUGCAUGAUGAGAAUGUUGCAGAGGUUUCAUCUGGUAGAUAUGAUAUCACUACAGUUAAUGCAGUGUAA